AUGGUCGACCGUCCCUCUCUCCUUUCUCCGUCUGCCUUUACCCAAGCCAACAAAGCAUGCCCACUACCUGGCUCGGGUGUUUGAUCGGCCUCCUUCCCAUGCAAAGCUGAAGGUUUUCUCGAAUCUUCUGGGUUUUGGCUCUUUCAUUCUCUGCCCUCCGAAUCUCGCAUCAGCACCAGCACCUCAGCACCCGAUGAGCAACCACCAGAUACACAAGCCGACCGUCAGAGAAGCAUAAGUUACAUACAGUUCGUGAUACAACCCUACCUAGUUUCGACCUAGCCAAUACUGGCUGAACAGCUCGUCUCGGCACUCUCUGCUCCUUGAAAAAAAGCCCCAGUGACUGGCUGCUGUGCCCUCGCCCCCCCUAGGGUGCAUGGUCAAAAUCGGGCCACGCGCCACCAACUCCUCCUCUUCAUGCAGUCCCCAUCUCGAGAUGCUUCGCCCUCCGCCUCGCUGCAGACCUUGCCAGCGGCACACCCCGCCGUGAGGCCCUCCAAGGUGUCCGUCCCGGAAGGCCGACCGCUCUCGCAGUCCGAAGUCACGUUGCCGUACCGAAGACGGAACCCGUCCGCCGCCCCCCUCUUCGCAUCGACGCAGACACCCCCCGGUUCGAGGUCCAUAUCACCCUCGGGACGCGGCUCUCCGGCCAGGAGCCUUACGGGGUCCGUACUCGGCGGAGGAGGAACCGGCACCAAGUCGCUCCUUGAGAGUGCUGCCGAUAACCCCGGCGACCCUCUCAACCUGCUGGUCAAGGCGUACGUCCCGCACGUCGCCAUCUACACCUCGGAAGACACGGCCGAGUUUGCCAGGGAGAAAGGCUUCCGGAAUGGGCUGUGGGAGCUUCUUCGUCCGUUUGGGGAGAAAGUGCAGGGUAAGGUGACCAUUCGAGACGGCAAUGGGUCGAGUCGGACGUGGGAGGAUUUCGCCAUCCGGUUUGUACGUUUGGGGGAGAAUCUUCAGGGACCUGAUUCGAUUCCCAGUGCUGCUGCAACCACAACCGCAACCGCUGAUGGGCUGUCCGAAAAUGCGGCCAAGGAGAAGCAAAGGCUGGAAGCCGUCGAGUCGGUCGUAGACCGUCAUCUCCUAUAUGCAGAGCACUCCGUGUUUAAUAUGCACCAGGGACAGCUCUUCACGAGACGGGGCUUGGAUAUCGAUGCCACUUCUCCGUACUACUCGCUCUACCUCCGUCGGCUCUUGUCUGGGAUCCCCGUCUCGCCGCACGAGACGUUUUCCCACCCGGUGGCGUGCGUCAUCGCCAUCAGCUCGCGCAGCAAGUCGCCGAUAGAGGAACUACGCAUGCUCUACAACGAGACCCGGCAGGGCGACAAGAAGCUGCCCGACUGGGUGGAUGGCGAGUAUCUCCGGUUCUACGUGCUGGUGCACGACGAGGAGCGCGACGACAUCACGAGAUCUCUCUCCCUGUUCGAACAGAUGAAGCGGCAUUUGGGACUGCACUGCCAUCUCCUCCGCCUGCGGAGCAGCCAGAGCGCAGAGACAGACGACGACAGCAUACCGCUUCCCAGGAGCGACUGGAUGACGGCCGAAGAGGAGCUGGCGGAUCUCCACAAGAGCGAAGACGACGAGGAUUUCGAGGACCCCACAAGGCACAUCUUCGAAUCGGACGCCACGGCCAUCCGCACGUUUGUGCGCGAGAUGGUGACGCAGUCCAUCAUCCCCACGAUGGAGCGGCACGUGUCGAUCUGGAAUGACCAGGUAGCGUCCCGGCGGCGCGGUCUCGCCGGGCGGUUCAUGAACCUGUCGCGGAAGUGGGGCGGCUUCGGGGCCAGCUCGCGGUCGUCCCUGGUCGGCGGCGGCGGCGGCGGCGGCGGCGCGGCGGGCGCCAACCACGGCUUCGAGAGCCUGGGGUACUACCCGGCCGACAGCUCGGAGGCCAUCAUGCGCAAGCUGGCCGACUACGCCUUCAUGCUGCGCGACUGGAAGCUGGCGCAGUCGACGUACGACCUCCUGCGGUCCGACUUUGGCGACGCCAAGGCGUGGAAGUACCACGCGGCGACCAACGAGAUGGCGGCGGUCAGCCUGCUCAUGGUGGCGCAGAACGCGGCGUCCAAAUCGCGGGCCGAGGCGCUGGACCAAAUGCUCGAAUCGGCGUUCUACUCGUACCACACGCGGUGCGGCGCGCCCCUGGGGGCGCUCCGGUCCCUCACGCUGGGGUUCGAGCUGCUGCGUCUCCAAGGCGGGCGCAGUAUUGACAACGCGGCCAAGUGGGCGUCCCGGCUCCUGGAGUCGAGGAUACCGGGGCCGAUUGCGGACGCGUUGCUGAAGGAGCGGCUGGCCAUCUGCUACGCGUCCAAGGUCGUCGGGCUGGGGGGCGGCAGCACCCUGGCGUGGGGGUCACGGGCGCGCAAGGCCGGGUUCUGGGCGGUGCUCGGGGCGGAGGCGUGGGUCAAGCAGUCGAAAUUCAUCCAGGCGCAGCGGUGUCUUAACGAGGCGCAGCGGCUGUACUCGGAUUUGGGGUAUGAGGACGGCGUGGUGGGGUUCGCUCUGGCGGCCGAGUUCACACGGGGACUACAGCAGCAAGUGGACGAAGGUGUAGAACCGCCGCGGAACGGCAACGGCAACGGCAACGGCAACGGCAACGGCAACGGAGACGGCCUGCAGGGGAGCACAUCGGAGGCUGACGAGGACGAGGAGUCGGAGGUGGAUGAGGAGAGCGAGGCCCUGGAUGGGGGUGAGGCGGCGACGGUUCGGACGAGGAGGAUGAGCGGUGUUGUCGCAGCCGCAGCGAGCCUCGAGACGGCUCCCCUACAUGAAAGGCCCACUAUACCGGGAGACAAGGAGGCGGGAGAGAAGCCGAAUUCAGCACAGGAUGAUUUUGGAUGAGGCUGUUGGUGAUACAGGGACGGUUGGGAGUGUACGUGUGUAAGUAGAAGAUGGGGAUCUUAAUCAACAGAAGGACG